GGAACAAUUUUCGUUUCGCAAUGAAGUUGGUAACGUUCGUCAAAAACUGAGGAACGAAGAAACAGAAGACGAAAGAAACAUGGAAUAGAAAUGAGCACGAUAUCGAAUAAUAAUGGCGGACGAGGAACUACCAGCGGGCUGGGAGAAACGCCUCAGCAGGUCUACGGGUCAGCACUAUUACUUAAAUAUAUAUACAAAGGAGAGUCAAUGGGAUAGACCAGACAAACCCGCAGACCCCUUGGGAGAUUCUAAAGGAGAUGGACCAGAAGAGGUACAAUGCUCUCAUCUCCUGGUAAAGCAUUCAGGAUCUCGAAGACCAUCAUCUUGGCGUGAGGAGAACAUCACUAGAUCUAAAGAAGAAGCAUUGGAACUGGUUAAAUCUUACAGAGAGCAAAUCGUCUCAGGUAAAGCAACCUUUGCAGAGCUAGCUUCCAAAUACAGUGACUGUAGCUCUGCGAAGAGAGGUGGUGACCUGGGUCCCUUUGGUCGUGGUGCAAUGCAAAAGCCAUUCGAGCAAGCAGCAUUCGCACUGAAAGUAGGAGAACUCUCGUCACCAGUUGUGACAGACAGUGGGAUUCACAUUAUUCAGCGUAUCGCCUGAAUGCACCUCAACUAUGCUGCAGUAAAUGCUUAAAACAAUAGAAGAAAGAAACAGCCAGUAAUGAUCGGUUAUUCGUUCACCGUGGAACUGUCGUCGAGUCGAUCAUCCUGUCUCCAUCAAGGGGACAUUCCUAUCACAUUCCAGGAUGUCCUGUGACAUUCCAGGAUGCACGGCUGGACUAUUGACUCUACUAAUCAAUUUAAUUGGGUCUUAAUAAGCGUUUAAAUAAUCGUACGUUUGUUAAUAUCUAAGUUUACAAGAAAUAUCUCAUGAUAUAGCAAAGCUUCCGUCAUAUAAUCGAGUAUAAUCCGUAUGAAUUUGCUUCCUCUAUAAAUUGUAAAAUCCGUUAACAAUCAUUAUCAGGAAGAAAAGAAAGGCUUAAUGCAAUGUCAAGAGAAAAAAAAAUAGUAAACGGAAAAUUUAGGAAGAAAAUGAAUAAUAUCAUGUCUGUGUUUAUGUAAGUUAUAUCUAAAGCUAAGUCAAAUAAAUGCAUUUACUCUGUUAAAUUGUAAGUAAGUCUAUAUUCUUACUAAUUAGGCAUCAUAUUACAAAAUUCUUUACUUAUGUAGACAAGAGCUAUAUAUAUCUACGGAUUUUUAGUUAUCAUUUACAGUGUUAAAAUUGUAAUUCAAUAGUUAUCAGUCCCUGUAGCAACUGUUAGCUAAAAAGAGUUUUACAAAGGAGUCGUACGAAUUUACCUAUCAUGUCUAAUUUAAUAUUUAUAAAGAAUCCAAUUGAAAUUUUCUCAGCACUCAACUGUAUGUACCCGUGUACCAAUAAUAGAAAACACUUCGUAAGUUCA